AUGCGCGCGCUCCAGGACAUCAGCCAGAAGAAAUCCAAAACAGCAGUUCUGUACAAUGGCAUCCCGAGCAACGCGCUCUUGAAUCGCAGUGGACCAGGAGGUGAUACCCAUGCGAUCCAGGAGACAAAUGGAGAGACAGUUGUCUUUGGCGGUAACCAGCCCGUCUUUGAUCCUCAAGGGUACUUUAUCGGACCGGUAGGGGUAAGGAGCAGUACAGUGGCUCAGGAUAUUUAUGUUGCAGUGCAUGCGGCGCAAAGGACCGAAACGACUACCACUGCAUGA